AGCUGUUGGAGCUUUGAUACUCGGACAAGCAGCAUUUCUACUGUCUGGCUUGCGAAAUGGCAGGAAUUUUCGAGGCGCCGCGUAACGCGGAUACUCUCUUCUUGGGUGGGCAGAAAAUCACCGGCGCUGACGUGCGGGACCAGAAUGUCCUUGCGACCCAGGCGAUUGCAAAUGUUGUCAAGAGCUCGUUCGGCCCCUCUGGCCUGGAUAAGAUGAUGGUGGACGAUAUUGGUGAUGUGACGGUUACCAAUGAUGGAGCGACUAUUUUGAGUCUUCUCGAUAUCGAACAUCCUGCCGGAAAGAUCCUCGUUGAUCUCGCCCAACAACAGGAUCGGGAGGUUGGAGAUGGUACUACAUCCGUUGUUUUGAUAGCUGCAGAACUCCUACGCCGAGCGAACGAGCUGAUGAAGAAUCGCAUUCACCCCACGACCAUUAUCAACGGAUACAGACUAGCACUCCGAGAGGCUGUCAAGUAUAUGAACGAGAACAUCGCCACAAAGGUUGAGAGUCUAGGAAAGGACAGCUUACUUAACAUUGCAAAGACAUCUAUGUCCAGCAAGAUCAUUGGCGCGGACGCUGAUUUCUUUGCUAAUAUGGUUGUCAAUGCCAUGUUGCUGGUGAAGACCACAAACCAGAAAAAUGAGGUCAAGUAUCCCGUCAAAGCAGUGAAUCUGCUGAAGGCUCACGGAAAGAGUGGUACAGAGUCAGUACUAGUUAAUGGUUAUGCUCUUAACUGUACUGUUGCUUCUCAAGCCAUGAAGACCCGCAUAACCGAUGCGAGGAUCGCCUGUUUAGAUAUGAACCUGCAGAAGGAGAGGAUGAAGCUUGGCGUCCAGAUUACUGUUGACGACCCUGAUCAGUUGGAGAAGAUCCGUCAGAGAGAGUCUGGCAUCGUUAUCGAACGUGUCGAGAAGAUCCUCAAGUCUGGUGCUAAUGUUGUCCUUACCACCAAAGGUAUUGACGACAUGGUUCUCAAGCUCUUUGUUGAGAAGGGUGCAAUGGCUGUUCGCCGCUGCAAGAAGGAGGACCUGAGACGCAUUGCCAAGGCCACCGGAGCCACACUCGUGAGCACACUCUCAGAUCUCAACGGAGAUGAGAAGUUUGAAACCUCCUACUUGGGACAAGCAGAUGAGGUUGUGCAGGAGCGGAUAUCCGAUGACGAGUGUAUCCUCGUGAGGGGAACCAAGGUCCACACCUCGGCUUCUAUCAUUCUGCGAGGACCCAACGACUUCAGCUUAGAUGAGAUGGAGCGUUCGGUUCAUGAUUCCCUGUGCGCCGUCAAGCGAACCUUGGAGAGUGGUAGCAUUGUUCCCGGUGGUGGCGCCGUUGAGACAGCCCUUCAUAUUUACCUCGAGGAAUUUGCCGUCACGGUGGGCUCCCGUGAGCAACUCGCUAUCGGUGAAUUCGCUCAAUCGCUUCUCAUCGUCCCCAAGACCCUCGCCGUGAACGCCGCCAAAGACUCCUCCGAUCUUGUUGCCCAGCUCCGUAAACGCCACGCUGUCUCCCAGCGCGUCCAGGAGGGCGAGGCUAAUGAGAAGGAGAAGGCCAUCGCCAAGAAGAAGGAAUACCGCAAUUACGGUCUUGACCUUUCAAAGGGACGUGUCCACGACUGCCUCAAGGCUGGCGUUUUGGAGCCCAGCAUGGGCAAGAUUAAGCAGCUGAAGAGUGCUGUUGAGGCUUGCAUUGCUAUCAUGCGUAUUGAUACCAUGAUCAAGCUAGACCCCGAGCGCAAGGAGGAUGAUGGUCACGGCCACUAAGGUAUUCUAUUCUAACUCUUUGCAUGAUGCAUCUUUCUCUUCCUGUACGGAGUUUUAGACGAAGAAAAAGUAUAAUAAGACUUUAUAGUACAAAGUUUCUCUAUGUCUGUAUACUGAGUUAUCUAUAAAACCUACCUGUAUUAGAAAGACAUACUGCAGAGUUUAGACCACCCCGGGAACCUGUCUAUGUACAGUAGUCCAUUUGUGGUUGGAGAUGGAUCCCUACGUAUGCUUGGAGACUACUAUGUAGAAAU